UACAAGGUAUAUUUAAGUCUUUAAGGAAGGUGCAAAAAUAGGCACCUUAAUCUGAAGAUGAUCCUUGGGCUGGAUUUAAGUUUGAAUAAUCGCGUGAGAACUUCCUUAUGAAUGCAGUAAAAGUUGCAUGAGUGUAAUAUUUAUACAUGUGAAAUACUAUAUCAAAGUUGACACAUCCAGUUAUAAGAUUAUACCCCUUCUACCUCCAAGAAGUUUUUCUUGACAUAUCUAUUUAUAUUUGGAAACUUUCCAUUGUUUUUCAUAUAUCAUCAAUGUUAUAAGGAAGUGGAUCCAUCUGCAUGAUGAAUUAUUUUAUUGGUUGCUUUCUAACUGCCUUCUAUAUAUAAAAGUAGAUUUUCUGCAUUAAGAAAUUAAAAAAAUAAGGAUGAAUACCAUACUUCACAUUCUGUUGAACUUUGUUAUUGUGACAGUGUCUGAAGCUAGUCAUUUUAGAGGCGGCACAAUAAGUUGGCAACCUACUGGAAUCGGUUAUGGGGUCCAGUUCUCAUUUAAGCUGGGAUGGCGAUAUGGUACGGGACCUGGUUGCACUCCAGCGUUGAUAGGUUCCCUGGUUACCGGGAUGAAUAGUACCUUCUGGAGAUGUACGUCAGGUUGUAAUUCGACCUCCCAGUCUUUGAGUACAGUAAACUAUAUAUGUACAGGAGCAAGCGUAGCUGAGGAUUGGGAACAAGGGGAGAGGACUUUUGACUAUACAUUUCCCGGGGAAGGCCCUUUCGUCGUUGAAUUUGCAAGUUGUUGCUGGAUAAGUUUGGACUAUGGGUCUGGUAGUUCCUGGUCAAUUCGUACAGUCGUUAAUUUGGCCAGUAGGAAUGAUAUCCAGCAACCUAACACCAGUCCUGUCACAACAGGGAAACCAAUGUACACACUACAGUAUGGUUGUCGGCUUGCCUUACAAAUUCCAGUAGCAGAUACUGAUAGUGAUAUUUUAAGAUGUCGUUGGUCCACAGGGUCAGAAUGUGUCUCUGUCUGUUCCGCUCUCCCUUACGCCAGCUUGGAUAGAGAAACUUGCACGAUAUCCUUUCCAUCAAAUCACACUGUGAAUGGUACAUAUGCUGUAGCUGUAACUGUAGAAGACUUUCCCCGCUCAAAUAUUACUAUUGGUGGGACGACGUAUACUCCAUCUGACCCAAUGACGGCAAUUCAUCUCCAGUUUCUUGUGAGGACUGCUAGUUUGUCUGGUGGUUGUGAGGAACGACCUGUUUUUGUCAAUAACACUCCUCCAGAGGGCACCAUUUUUAACGUUUUGACGGGACAAACGUUACACAUUUCAUUUUACAUCGCUAGCAAUCAAACAAUAACAAGAGUUGAUGUUACCUCACCAGCUGGGAUGACGUAUACUUCUCCCAUGCCAUACCCAGGACGACCAUGGGUUUUCUUUAUAAACACAACAUGGACACCAACAGCACUACAGAUUGGUUCACAUAUACUAUGCGCCUUAGCAGAAGAUAAUAAUGGAAAAGCAAGUGAUUCUCGUUGUGUUCAAAUAAGAGUUUCAGAUAUAAGCCCCUGUAUAUAUGAACCUUGUCUGAAUAAUGGGACGUGCAUUCGUUUGGGAAUGACCCAAAACUUCACGUGUAGCUGUAUUUCUGGGUACACCGACAGAAUAUGUCAAACAGAAAUUGACGAGUGUGCGAGUCAACCAUGCCUGAAUGACGGGACAUGUACAGAUUUUGUUAAUUCGUUUUCCUGCUUCUGUCAUCCUGGAUUCACUGGUGCUAAUUGUGAAACAGACAUAAACGAAUGUGCAAGUUUUCCUUGUCUUAACGGUGGCUCGUGUGUAGAUCAGAUAAACCUUUACCAAUGCGCAUGCGCUGCUGGCUUUGAAGGAUACAACUGUGAGAUAGACAUUGACGAAUGUGAAACAGACCCAUGUAUAUUCCUGUUUGAUUGCUUUGAUGGGCUAAAUGAUCGAACUUGUAAACUCAACGAAUUCAAAUUGGCAGCAUUAGUAACUGCAUUAGCACUUACUGCUGGAAUCAUUAUAUUCCUCGUCUGUAAAAACAAGAAGAAAUACAAGGAAGUAGACCAUUCCUGGCUAUCUAACUACUUAGAUGUUCGAAAACCUGACUCUCAGCCAAAACUUGUAUACCAGCCAAAAUCGGUCCAAAAUUUAAAAAACAACCUAGUUCAGUCUGUAACUUGUUUAGUUUUACAUCCAAAAACUUUCUUAAAUGAGAUAUAAUGAUAAGAGAAUAGGUUUUUAAAUCUGUAUUUUAUAUCAACAGAUUGUUUUGUUUAAUAUUUAUUGCAUGAAAUAUGUUGCUACUAUAACUGUAUCAAAACCAUGACUGAUAUUUUAUAUGCAUAAAUGGAUCAACUCUUGAAAAAUAACAAUAUAAAGUAAUUUUUGGAUGAACUCUACAAUAAUUAUAAUCUAAGCUGUUUUUCUAAUCAACAUGGCUGAAA